GAUAUGUAGAUCACUCGUCUACGGCGUAUUUAGUAAAUCGUAAUUAAACAUUCUUGCCAAAACAGAAUAUUCCUCAAUUUUGUAGAAUAAAAAUCAAUUCGGCGAUUGAUUUAUUACUAUAGCAUCGAUGUUUGUUAAAUAAAUAGUAAUUGCUCGCUUGGACUUCACUAUUUCUAUUUUGUGAUUUUUUUUGAUGUUUGUUUCGUUUUGGUGUUGAUUGGUCGGUUUCGUUUUCGUUCGCUGGCACCGGGAAGCAUGAUGGCAUGAGGUGCCCUAAAAUAUUCCGAAAAUAGAUUAAUUGGAACAACGGUCUGUAAAACUUCAUAUCCGUAUUGUAGUACAAAUAUUAUAGUACAUUUUUAGUGCACCUCCUGAUUCUAACUGCGAAAAUGGAUAAUCGAAAAAAGUUCAAGGAAUUUUAUCACCACUCCAAAAGAUUUUUUACGUGGUCUUAUCUAAAGGGUUUGGUUGUCAAUCCAAAGCAGCUCCCAGUCGUGACGUUUUUUAUUAUCCUCGCCGAAUUGAUUAUCAACAUAUUGGUUGUGGAAAGAGUGCCAUAUACAGAAAUUGAUUGGAAAGCAUAUAUGCAAGAAUGUGAAGGAUUCCUCAAUGGAACAUUAGACUAUAGUAAACUUCGAGGGGACACGGGGCCUCUGGUGUAUCCCGCAGGUUUUGUUUACGUUUACUCUAUAUUCUACUUUCUAACAAAUCAAGGUGAAAAUGUUAAACUCGCCCAGUACAUAUUUAUAGGCAUUUAUUUAUUACAGUUGUAUUUUGUACUUAGAAUUUACAUUAAAACGAAAAAAGUCCCUCCUUAUGUUCUUGUGAUUACAAUAUUAACCUCUUACAGAAUACACUCAAUUCACAUUUUACGUUUAUUUAAUGAUCCAAUAGCAGUACUACUCUUAUAUGCAUCUCUUAAUUCUUUUAUGGAUUCAAAAUGGUAUCUAGGAAGUAUCUUUUACAGUUUAGGUGUCUCGGUCAAAAUGAACAUACUACUUUAUGCGCCUGCUUUAUUUUUCUUUUACCUUGUAAAUCUAGGUUUAAAAGAUACAAUUGUUCAACUUUUAAUCUGUGCACUUAUUCAAUUAGUACUAGGCUUACCAUUUUUAAUCAGUGAACCAUCAGCUUAUAUAAAAGGCAGCUUUGAUUUAAGUAGAGUGUUCAAUCAUACUUGGACUGUGAAUUACAGAUUUCUGGACAUUGAGACGUUUGAAAGCAAAUGCUUUCAUUUGACACUUUUAGGUAUCCAUAUAUUAUUAUUGCUUAUAUUUAUGCCAUUAUGUAUUAAAUAUUUCAAAAGUUAUUGUAGACUAAAAUAUGUACAAGGGCAAGUUCAACCACAAAUUGAUGCUAAGAAUCGAGAAAAUAGAUUAAAGGCCAAACUAAAAAAAGAUAUCAAGAAAAAAACUAAUAUGAAACAGGAAGAUGAGAAAUUAUCUAAAGAACAAGAAGAUUUCUUGAACUCUUUUGAAAAUCUUCUCAAGAAAUCCAAUCAAAAAAUUGGUAAGAAAGCUGAAAAAAUGUCACCAGAAAUCAAAGAUGAAGUAACAAACUUUAGUAUAAAUUUUGAUAUUUUAUCACAACUGUUUAUUCUACCAAUGUUCAUUGUUAAUUUCAUUGGUAUUGUUUGUGCUAGAAGUCUUCAUUAUCAAUUUUACACAUGGUACUUUCAUAGUUUACCAUAUCUUUUAUGGUCUACUGACUUCUCAAUUAUUACAAGGUUUCUGAUUCUAGCUCUUAUUGAAUUCUGUUGGAAUACUUACCCAAGUACCAGCCUCACAAGUGCAAUGUUACAUUUAUGUCACAUAAAUGUACUUUAUGCAGUAUAUAAGAAGCUAUCAAAUGAAUUAAGAUUAGUAUCUAAAUUGAAUACAUAGGAACCUUUCACUUUACUUUAGAAAUCCCAAAGGACUUUUAUUACUUGUUUAUAUCCUUGAACACUACUAUAAAAAUACUGUUGUUAUUUUUUGUUGUUACCUUAUGUCAAUUGCUCAUAUAAUGUACAUACUAAGUUUAGACUUUAUGAAAACUAUUUGUAAGAUUAUUUUUAUACGAGUUGUUUGUAUAUAAAUAUAGUUUAAAAAAUUGUUGUUAUUUUAUUUCUUGCAUUAUCAUCAAUCAGGUGUCAUAUGCCCAUAUCUGUAUAUAUCUAUUUGACUCUGUCCCCAAUGCUCUUUAUUCUUAGGUUUAUAUUGUGUAAUGUCUUAGGGUUGACGCAAAUCUAACGUAAGAUCUAUCAAGCUUAUGGUUCCCCAGAGAAUAACUUACUUUUCCAAACAAAGAAAAAACAUUUCCAUAUUAAACAAACAAAGGAUACCAUAAGAUUUUUUUUUUUUAAAUCCCUGCUCUCAAGAUUAAUUUUGGUUUUGCACGUUAUGUAUGCUAUCCAGCGUCGAUUUAUUAUUUGUCAUAUCUGUUCGGAUUACUUAAAUGGUCAAAAAGUGAAAAAAUAAUCGGUUUAUUAGCAUAUUGUUGAUAGUUCUCUACCAAAAAUUAAUUAUGGAAUUUUAUAAUAAUCUAUCCCGACGGCGCACUGGUUAGCG